AUGCAGAAAUUUGGUGAUUUCAAGCUUCCUCAAUUCUUCAAUUAUCCUCCAUACUUCACUUUGCAGCCUGUGAGGGAUACUCGUGAGAAGCAAAUACAGCUAUGGAAAGAGCUUAUUUUGGAUUACUGCAAAACUCACAAAGUUUUCUUGAUUGGUGUUGAAGAAGAUUUUCCUCUCUUCUCAAACUCUACCAUUGAUAGAUCUUUAAGUCAUGAAGCAAGGGAAACGUUCCUCUCAGCGAUUGUUGGAGAAGGGCGUGCGGAGUGGUUAGAUAAAGGGCAUAGGAAAUGUCUGAUUCUGUGGCAUCGGAUUCAAGAUUGGGCAGACAUUAUUCUUCAGUUUGUGAGAGAUAAUGGCUUAGAGGACAGUGUUAUGACUGUUGAAGAAAUACGUUCCGGGACAGAAUCACAUGGAACAGAACUUCAAGGGAUUGAUAGGACGAUUCUAAUGAGGGCCUUAAAGCUACUAGAGAACAAGGGCAAGCUUGCAUUGUUCAAAGGAACAUCAGCAGAUGACGAAGGCGUCAAGUUCUCUGUCUGA